AUGUUUAUUUAAGAAAAAAAAAAUUUAUAAAUAUNUAAGAUAUUUGGGGAUGAUAUUUUAUGGUAAAAAGUAAAUGAAACAGAAUUUCAAUUGAAUUUAAAUUAUAUCAUUCAGCAAGACCAAAAGGAAUUUGCUUUAGAGAUUGAAAUACCUUAGAAAAAUACAUAAGUUACUGAUAUUGCUGAUAUUUUAUUAGUUACAUUAUAAGGAUUACUAAUUGAAAUUAAUUCAGAAUUUUCAAAGGAAGUUAAACUAACAUUACAAUUUAGUAAUCAGUAAGUUGUAGUUGAACCAAAUUAGUUAGUAGAAGUUAAUUAUUUAAGGGGAAAAGCUGGAGACAUAAUUGGAUAAGCAAAAGAAUAUGCUAAUUAGAGAAAAUAUGAUUAAGCUUAGUAAUUACUGAAUAAAAUGAUUGAUGAAAUAGAAGGAUCAUCUUUUUAAAAUGAAAAACAAUUACUUCUUGUUAUAAAAGAUUUAACAAAAAUAAAAGCCAUUUGUUAACCAAGAUAAUAUGAAAAAGGAGGUGAAGCCUUGAUGUUACAUAAGCAAAAAAAACACAUUAAACGACAAAGAUCUAUAAGUACUAAUUUAUAUUAUAAUAAUAGGUAAUUCUGAGGAAUGGUGUUCUUCAGAAGAAUUAUAAAUGAAAAAUUUAAGAAAUGGAAAGUUAGACUUAAGUAUGAGUCUGAAAUCAAGUGAUUCUGCUUCAUCAAGAAGAAGCUAUUCCUUAAGUUCUGACUCAGAUUAUUCAAGAAGAAAGCCAAACAAAAAUAGAUAAAGAAGAAGAUAUAGAAGUAGGAGUAGAAGUUCCGAUUCAGGAUCACAGAGAAGAAGAAAGCCUCAUAAUUUAAAAAAAAGAAAAUUAAAAAAUCAAAAUGAAUCUAGUUCUGAACCUUUUUCAAAACAUCAAGGAUUUUGGAAAUCCAAUUCUAGAAAAAAAAGUAGGUCAAGAAGUUGA